AUGGACAGUGUCCAAGGAUCGUCCAGCCGACCAAGCGAUGGGGCGGCCGGCCAUGUUCCUGUCACCAGUGGCGCUAAACGAGUGAAGUUGACUAUGGAACCGUGCGAGAACACGUUGGUAGCCUAUUAUCGUGAAGAGGAAGACUGGCUGCGUGGAAAGGAAUACGACGGCGCGACAGUUCUUGUUGGGCUAGUGCAACGCAAGUUGAUCUCAAGCCGAUUUACGUAUCUCCUUCAAUGGGUGCCGCUGCCAAACGACUGCCUGCUCGCGUUUGACCCGUCCAACUCGCUCCAUGUCAACACAAACUUGACGAAAUACUUCGACCUGAAUCCAAAAGUCGACUUGCUGACACUAGUGCAGGGCCGAGAAUUGUUCUGCAGCUUGGGCAUCAAGAACGUUGACCCAGUCAUGGUUGCUCGCUGCGUCGUAUCCCCCGAAUCCCAAGAUUGGUUCGUUGACAUUCCAUGGCACGCCACGACAGAUCCGAAACACUGGGACCACGACGGGGUGCAAUUGCAUGUGCAGUUGGCAACCGCCCAUGUCAAACCUGCCAUUACGUUGGAACCAAUGGCUCCGAUCGAUCAGCACAACCGGCGUGCACUGCCCUUCCCUCCAUCCCUUCAACAUGUACCGACAUCACUGAAGGUGGCGUCCCACGACUACACCACUUUGUUUCAUCAUUCCGCAGUGGCCAGCUUUUUUGCGUACUUACCCAUUACGUUUUGGGAAGACGUGGUGUCUGCAACGAACAUCCAUGGCCUUUCCACAGGCUCCAUCACGCCUGCUACUGCGUUUAAACUGUCGGAAGUGAUGGCAUAUCUUGGAAUCCUCUUGCACGUCAAUCUAUACAACAGGUUCGAGAACGUUGACGAGUAUUGGCGAGCACGAUCUUGCAAGGUCUUCGGAGGUGCCACAGAUCUUCGCGAAGCCACGUUGGUCGAGCCGGGGCUGUCGUGUCCGCGCUUUGAACUCCUGCACCAAGUGAUUCGCUGCACAAAGUUUCGAGAGGUUACGGAUCCGCUCUCAGCUUUGCGUCCGAUCGUGCGCGCGUUGCAACGCCAAUGCGCCAAGACGAUCGACCCUGGCGAAGAUAUCUUUGUGACGAUCGAUACACACGUUGUCGUGGAUGGCAAACACGUGCAACUGUAUGUCGUGACGUGCGCCACGUCUGGCGUUGUCGUCCAUUUCAAGCUGCACGUGGCCAACGAAGUGCAUCCGUCAGCACUUGUUCGCAAUGUCGUCGAGGCGGUGCACCCGUUUCAUCAUUCACAUCGGGUCGUUCACGUUCACUCGCCGUUCGUCAGUGUGGAUCUGGUCGAAUCCCUUUGCACGUGUGGACUUUAUUGUCGAGCGUCGACGAAGGUGCCGGAGUCCCUCGUGGACAUCGCUGCGACACCCAACCUCGUGGCGACUUCCGCCCAACGGCCAACAGUGUGGGCCAAACCGAUCAUGCCAACGACGCCACUGAAUAUCUUUGCUGUGACAGAGUGGACGUCCCCUCGAUUGAGCUUGGGCGUGCUGACAAAUAGAGACCUUCCACCCGCCCAGCACGGCCAUUCCGGUCCCAUGCCUUCCAUGGUGAAGAUGCAUCUACUUAUAGAUGGACGCCGACGCAAGCUGCAUCGGUGGGCUGCGUUCGAUCCAUCGCAUGCGUCCGCUGUUGGGAGCUCUCUUGCACCCACAUCUUGGGCGCACACCCUGAUGCUGCACUUGAUGGACAUUGCGCGAGUGAAUGCAUUUCUCACCAGAAAGAUCGCCCUUCCCGACAGCGACGCGUCCAUGUGGGCCUUCACAAAAUCUCUGUCCACGGAGCUCAUGCAUGGCGAAUGGGAGUAUGCUCCGCCUCAUGGCUGUGCAAAACCCCCAGCUGCAGUCCCUGUGGACGAGGAGGUGCCGCCACCGUCCGAGACUCUUGAUCGGCCCUGCGUGCCCCGACGCUCCAAGGCCGUUUUUGCGCUCAAGCGGCCUGGCAAAGACUCGCGAUGUAAGACGCGGCAAUGCGUCGUAUGCCGAUGGGAAUCCACGUCGAAGUCCAAGACUGUGACCGAAGUGACAGACUAUUGCGACGUCCACGACGUAUGUCUGUGCAGCUGCGUGCGACAAAACUACACCCCGGCGCCGUAUAUGUGCCCAAACACAGAGUGGACUUGCUGGGAAAAGUUCCAUCGGUUUUACAUGCCGGAAAAGUUGUUUGUCAAGGAAAAAGGCGCGCGAGUCCAGCGACGGAAUUGGAUGUACAAACUCCGCCAUGGAAAGAGCAACGGCGCGAACGAUGAUCAAGGGUCGGACGACAACGCGGCCGACGAACCUUCGUGCCACAACCAACCGUACACGACCGUGCCUCGGCCGUCGCAUGAUGCAAGACCGAUUAUGACUUCCACAUCUGCACGUAUGGCAGUCACAGUGCUCACACGCCCACCAACUAACAACACCUCAUGGCAACCAGAUAUCCCUGCAGCACCGAAGAGAGGCAUUCAGUACCUGUAAUAUACAAGAGCACACAACGCUCCCAAGUUGGCCCACCAAUCUAUAUUGAAUCAGGAAGCGCAUUCCGUUGUCGGCAAAGCUAGGGUUAAACACGGCUAACACGCAACAUGGAG